UCUACUAUUUUCCUACCUUUAGGCGAUAGAAGCUGUAGUACUGUUGUUUUUCAAUAUAAAGAAUCAUUUAAUUUGUUGUGUUUGCUUAAGAUCAUGAAAACUGUGCAUAGAGUUUAACCAUGUUGAGUCAAUCUUCAACAGAAGGGUUGCUUUCAGCAACAUAUGUUGAGAAUUAUCUUGAUAUCGUCGAAAAUCUACCCAACGAUUUGCAACGACAUUUAUCGCGUAUGCGAGAGCUAGAUAUUACAUAUAGAGAAUGCCUUCGAGAUGCUGAAACUCAUUUAGGUGUUUGUGUUGGUACACACACUGAAGAGAGAAGAAGGGGUAGAGCUGCUUUAAGGUUACAGUCAGCAUUGGUUGCUGCACAGGAGAUCGGUGAUGAGAAACUUCAAGUUGUACAGCAUAUACAGGACUUGAUUGACAAUAAGCAGAGAGCUCUGGACGGAGAUCAUAAAAAACUAUUGUCAUACUUAGAGAUAAAGACAAAUGGCGCUGCAAAAGAAGAACCAACUCCAAACAUAGAAAUUAAGACCACUGAGAAGGAGACGACCACACAACAGAGUCAGCAACAGAGUGCACCAGCACCCCCACCAACAGAACGAACAGUUGAGAAAGAAAAAGAGAAACCGGAGAAAGAUAAAUCUGGAGAGAGAUGGUCUAAGCGAGCCCGUCGUUCAAGAACAACAGCGGGUACUGCAACUGACGGUGCAGACUCGAGUGAACGCGAUAGUGAGCGACCAACACACACCACACACAAGAAAGGUAUUGGUAAAAAGAAGAAGCGCAAAUCCAGACAGAUCGCCCGUUCGGAAACACCGCCAGAAGAGACAGAUGCUAUCGACCCCGACGAGCCGCGGUACUGCCUCUGUGACCAGAUAUCGUUCGGCGAAAUGAUUCUUUGCGACAACGACCUGUGCCCGAUCGAGUGGUUCCAUUUCUCGUGCGUGUCUCUAUCGAUCAAGCCGAAGGGCAAAUGGUUCUGCCCGAAGUGUCGCGGUGACAGGCCGAACGUGAUGAAACCCAAAGGACAAUUCCUGAAGGAGCUGGAAAGGUAUAAUCGCGAAAAAGAGGAGAAGGCGUAGAUCAUCUCUUGUUUCGUCUAAAGGUUGUGAUUUCCGAUGGUUGCCGACGAAUGGAAGUCAAUGUUUUGUUGUACGUCUAACUGAAAAAAAUUUUUUUGACGGUUGUACAUUGAUAAUACACUUUAAAAUGGAUUUUUAUUCAAAAUUAAAUUCGUUAAAAUCGUCGUAUCUAAUUUACAAUUGUGAUUUAUUUUCCGAUUUUUUAAUAAAUUAUAAAUACGUAAUUGUAAAUGAAAUAAAUGUCGUUUAAGCUUUAUAGAACGUAAUAUUACAUGUACUUAUAUUAUUUAUGCGCCUAGAUAGAGCCUCUUGAUGUCAGACAGCGCAUGACAACUGGCCAAGUUCAUAAUGACAGCUACGUCUUACACUCGCGAUACGACAGUCGCAUGGCUAACAGUUCGCCGCUAUUUUUUACGUAGAUUUCGCAGCUUUUGAAUCUAUCUAGGCGUACAAAUUAUCUAACUCGUGCAUAUGUCGUUAAGUUUUUUUGUCAUCACAGAUUUUGACAAUUCGAAUAAAGAAUUCCAAUUUUUAUCUAAACAUGCAUACAGAUGAUCCAUUCCAUAGCAGACCUUACUCAUAAUAAUGUAAAAUAAAUACUUAUGACAUAUUCAUCUUUGGGUGAUGAAAUAUUAUUUUCCAUUAGUUGGUCAAUAUAUUGAGAUGUAAAUAAUGAGGGUACAUUAAUAUAAGAAUCUCUUCAUAAAAUGCCGUCAGUAGUAUAUAAGUCAGACGAAUUUCAUGAUUUUUGACAAAACCCACCCCCCUUAGAUGCUGCUGGUCACUUAUGUAAGACCCCGUCCCCCUACCUAUUGUGAUGUCACAUAUUUUUCAAUUAUUUCUAUGUGCGUCUAAGUUCAGUUUUUUUGCAAUUCAUUCAUUUUAAGUGACUACUUUUCACACAUUUUUCAUCUUCGUAGCUAGGAAACUGCUGGGAAAAUGAGACUUAACAUCUUAUGUCUCAAGGUGACGAGCGCAUAUGUAGUGCCGCUCAGAUUUUUGGGUUUUUUCAAUAAUCCUAAGCGGCACUGCAAUGUCACUCACGAUAGGCAGGACGUAUCAAUUACCAUCAGCUGCACUGUAUACCUCAUAAAAGUGUUUCAUAAGUUUAAAAUAGUAAAUAGCAGAACUAAGAAAAUUAAAUUGUUUCAAAAUUUGCCAAAUAAAACGUUAGUCGUGCCGACAGAGCUGCUACUAGGUAUUCUAAUGUUAUUAUUAAUUAUGUAUGCAAUUUAAAUUUAAUGUUGCAAUACUUAGAUCUUUUUUAUAACAAUAAGAGACGAGCAGGACGUUCAGCUGAUGGUAAUUGAUACGCCCUGCGUAUUUCAAUGGCGUACCGCCCAGGAUUCUUGAAAAAUCCAAUAAUUCUGAGCGGCACUCCAAUAUCGCUCGUCACAUUGAGAUAUAAGUUGUUAAAAUAUUAAAAUAAAAAAAUACUUAGAUAUUAAAAUAUUAUUUAUUCCAAUAGUUGUGUAGUUGUGAGCCUUCUCGAGUGUAAAUUCCGCCAAGAUUCGUCUUUAACCAAUUCGACACGUGCGUCGCCUCUACACGAGGCAUCCUCAGGAGAUGUUGACUCGCGAAACUUAUAUAUAUUUUCAAAAAAUGUGAUGUCACAAGACUUAGGAUUCCCCCCCCCCCCUUAUUGUUGAUUCCCUCCCCGUAAACCUGUUACGUAAUUUAUGGGUGAGCACUUACAGAGAAAUCCAAUUCAAGUGCUCAUGAAAUGAUGGUUUCUGUAAAUAUUGUGUGUACGCUCAACUCGAAGUACAGCGGUCAACGCAUUUAUAAUAAGUUAGUUAUAAAUAUUAUAAUAUUAUCAUUAAUGACUAUGAUUGCACAGAAUAAUUUGUCAAUCUUACAAUUAUUACAAUAAUAUAUUAAGACAUAAAGUAAAUAAUUAAAAAUAAAAAUUUAAUAA